AAAAAAAAAAUCACUGGAGGGGCUACGACUGUCUACGUACGACAUGGCGGCCUACUCUGACCGCAACAACGACUACAACAUCAACAUCGACCACUCCGAAACCAGUGCGGAUAAUGGCUUCUACCAUUCAAACAACAAGAUGGGGAUAUACGAGUACACCCGUCCUCUAAUCAACUACGUGCGGGAUGAGUGGCAGAACAAGGCUCAAUUCGUCCACACCAACACGUCAAUGACUACCUCUGCAUCCCCACGAUGGGUGCACAUGCUUUACUCCCUGGUCUCUGCUUCAUAUUUUCGGCGCUAUUUGGUCGCCUUGGUUUUUCUGCUGGUGACUGCCUGGAUUGGUUGGAGGCUUGUACUGUCCCCUCGUCUCGGGGAAAGUGCAUCCCUCUCUGCGCAGUCGAAGAACGUAGCGGGGGGCUGGUUUGGAACGAACGCCAUGUCAAAAUCCGACAGGUUGAUUCGUUUGAAGACGCUGGAUCCGUCUUUGUUGCCGGCUCAUAUAGCACCAGCCGCGGACGAGCCGAGUAGCAGGCGAUUGGUCUUCGUGGGGGACGUCCAUGGAUGCAAAUAUGAGUUGGAGAAACUUCUCGAAAAAGUUACAUUCAACCCUGAGCGCGACCAUCUCAUCCUCGCUGGCGAUAUGAUCAACAAAGGCCCCGACAGUCUAGGUGUCGUUGAUCUUGCUCGGAAAUAUUCCGCAUCAUGCGUCCGCGGAAACCACGAGGAUAAAGUCCUCGCUUUGCGCCAUGAAAUGGCCGCCUCCAAUACUCUAGCCGAUGCGUCCGAGGACGACUCUCGUGAGCGUCGGCUCGCGCGACAGUUCACCGACGAACAGGUGAAAUGGCUUGACUCUUGCCCGGUUAUUCUGAGGGUUGGCCAAGUUAGUGGUAUGGGUGAGGUAGUUGUGGUUCAUGGAGGAUUGGUGCCGGGCGUUGAGCUGGAGAAACAAGAUCCAGAGAACGUCAUGAACAUGCUGACCAUCGAUAUGGAGACUCUUGUCCCGAGUUCCAAGCGGGAGGGCACGAACUGGACAAAGUUGUUCAAUAAAUACCAAACUGAGCUGUAUGCCAGUCUGGAGAAGACCACAUCAGACGCGCAAUCGAAGAUGACCACCGUCAUAUAUGGCCACGAUUCCAAGAGGUCUCUUUCUCUCGACGCGUAUACCAAGGGCCUUGACACCGGCUGCAUCAAAGGCCAAUAUCUUACGGCAUUGGUGGUUGAAGAUGGCGGCAAGCAGACCGUCGUCCAAGUGAAAAGUGAAGCCCCAAAAAGUCACAAGUAAAUGUGACGAAUUUCGGUACACAUACGGCUCGAGCUCAAAAGCAAUAUGUUUUCUCUGCAGGUUCGGAGUUGGGUUGGGCUUGGCUAUAGGUACAUAAACCUGGAGUGUCGAUUACGUAGUUGUUAUGGCGUUUUCAUUACUCAGGUGUAUUCAAAAAUCAAGCGUUAGACCUGAGGGUCUAUUUCUAUUGACACAAGAUAAUAUAUAUAUGCAAAAUGUUUCCAACAGGUGAUUCAAAUAUAUCCAAGGAAAUAAACCCAAUAUGGCACAAAGA